AUGACCAACCUUCCAUCCCAGGGUAGUCAACGCUACUCUCGUAAACAGAUAGCAACCUACCUCUCCACACGCAUCUCCAAUCUCGCCCCUCGCAAAGGCAACCCUGCGCCUCGCAACCCAUUCAAGAUACUCCGCCAAGUGACCAGAGCACAAUGGCUCAUGUUCCUCUGCGGCGCGCUGGGCCGCGGCUGGGACGCCUUUGGGUAUUCGACGGUGACCAUGACGGUGACUGAGCUGAGUGUGGCGUUUGAUGCGGCCAAUUCGGCUGUUUCGUGGGCAAUAACGAUUACGCUCAUGAUGCGACCGAUUGGCGCGUUUAUUUUUGGCACUUGUUGUGAUCGGUACGGUCGACGAUGGCCUAUGAUUGUUAAUUUGGUGUGUUUGAUGGUGCUGGAGAUGGCGUCGGGGUUUUGUACUUCUCUGUCCCAGUUUCUGGGUGUGAGGGCGCUGUAUGGCGUUGCAAUGGGAGGUCCCUCGGCAGCAAUCGCGCUCGAAGACCUCCCCCCAGACGCUCAGUGUAUCCUGUCAGGCCUAUUCGAAGGAUGCACCUCGCUGGGCACGCUGAUCGCCUCAUCAAUGUACCGAGCCCUCGUGCCUACGACACCACACGGAUGGCGAAGUCUGUUCUGGUUCGGUGCCGGCCCGCCCGUUCUUCUCAUCCUGCUUCGCUGGUGGCUGCCGGAAACACAGCAUUUCCAACGACUGAAAGCGGAACGAGAAGCAAAGAUUCAGGCAUUGAAAGGAGGAGAAGGAGGCGGAGAAGGACAACACACCAGCGAAUUCAAAACAUUCGUGCACGACUCGGUAAAACUCAUCCGCCAACACUGGGUAUUGCUAACAUACAUGUUCCUCCUGAUGGCGGGCUUCAACGCCUGUGCCCACGGCGCCAUAGAUCUAUAUCCAACUUUCCUCAAGAACCAGGUGCAAAUGGACCCGGCACACACAUCCAUAAUCACCAUCAUCGGGAACCUAGGCGCAUUCUGCGGCGGGAUCACAAUGGGACACGUUGGCGGAUUCGCCGGUCGUCGAUUGACCAUGCUAUGCAACUGCAUCCUCGGCGCCGCCAUCUUGCCCGCCUUCCUGCUCCCGCGCGGCCGGGGCGGAAUGGUGUUAGGCGCAAGUGUGUUUUUCCAGCAUGUCGCGCUCAUCGGCGUCUGGGGUCCGAUACCUAUACAUCUCGUGGAGUUGGCGCCGGUGGCCUUGCGCACGCUCAUGGUUGGGCUGACGUAUCAGUUGGGCAAUCUGGCUGCGUCGCCUAUUACUACGAUUGAGACUUACUACGGCGAGCAGUACCCGCUGCCUCCAGCGGCGGAUGGCACGAAACGGUAUGAUUAUGGGCGCGCUAUUGCCAUCUUUGUCGCGGCCUCGUGGGCGUAUAUGUUUGUGUUUUUGCUGUUGGGGCCAGACUCGGAUCGGGGGCAGGGCCAGGAGGGCGUUAUUACCAUGUACCUGGAUGGGCUAGAGUCGGAGCCUCAGAGCCCGGCGGAUCUUGAAAUUGAGAAGGGGGCUGCAGUGGUACAUGUUGAUGAACUUUCGAAGCGGUCGGUCGAUUGA